AUGGACAUCCUACCCUCGCAGUUGCCAGCUGACCAGGCUGUGCGCAAAUCAGCUAAAAGGACCAUCGAACUCUUUGGGUCUGAUUACCUCAUGGCCACGCCCUCGACACCAGGCGAUGGCUCAAUCGGCGUUUCGUAUCGAAGAAAAGCCGAAUAUGAAAAUGUAGCAGAACUUCCUCGAGCACUAGCAGAGAAACAGGCAAAGGCCACAGCGUCCCGUACGAAACGACCAAAGAUGCCGACACCGGGCCAAGAGAGAAAAGAUGGCUCAUCAAUGGCCUUGGUCAAGGGGUCAUCGGGUGGUCCAUCGACAGAAGGUCAUAGCAAGAGUCUCGUUUCACGCCCCUCCGCGACACCACAACAGAGACCUGAAUGGCAUGCACCAUGGAAGCUGAUGAGGGUUAUAUCUGGACACUUGGGCUGGGUUCGAGCUCUGGCUGUUGAGCCUAAUAACGAGUGGUUCGCAAGUGGUGCUGGAGAUCGGACCAUCAAAAUUUGGAAUUUGGCGACAGGUUCGCUUCGUCUCACGCUGACUGGCCACAUAUCUACUGUCCGGGGUCUAGCCGUCUCGCCUCGCCAUCCAUAUCUCUUUUCAUGCGGUGAGGAUAAGAUGGUGAAAUGCUGGGAUUUGGAAGCAAACAAGGUUAUUCGACACUAUCAUGGCCAUCUAAGUGGCGUUUACACACUCGCUCUGCAUCCCAAUUUGGAUGUUCUCGUUACAGGCGGACGUGACGGUGUUGCGCGAGUAUGGGAUAUGCGAACACGCAGCAACAUUCAUGUGCUAUCUGGCCAUAAGGGAACAAUUGCCGAUAUUAAAUGCCAGGAAGCCGACCCCCAGAUUAUCACUGGAUCCCUUGACUCGACAGUGCGCCUUUGGGAUCUUGCAGCGGGAAAAUCCAUGGGAGUCCUUACACAUCACAAGAAGGGUGUCAGAAGCCUCGCUGUUCACCCUAAGGAAUUCACUUUCGCAAGCGCUAGUACUGGAAACAUCAAGCAGUGGAAAUGCCCCGAGGGUGCAUUCAUGCAGAAUUUUGAAGGGCAAAACUCUGUCAUCAAUUCUAUUGCAGUGAAUGAAGACAAUGUGUUGUUCUCAGGAGGAGACAAUGGAAGCAUGUCGUUCUGGGAUUGGAAGACUGGUCACCGAUUCCAGUCUCUCGAUACCACGGCCCAGCCUGGAUCGCUGGAUGCUGAGGCUGGUAUCAUGUCUUCUACUUUUGAUCGCACUGGCCUGCGUCUGAUUGUUGGCGAGGCCGACAAGACGAUCAAGAUUUGGAAGCCAGAUGACGACGCCACACCAGAGUCGCAUCCUUUGGACUGGAAGCCGACUCUAGGAAGACAGAGAUAUUGA